AGCACACAAAUCGAUACCGACUAGCCAAUCUCAACAACCAGCUCAGCACUGCAACAACCAUGGUCAUGGGCAAACACACCGAUCAAAAAUUCGCCACGGAGGAGGAAUUCUUCAAGUUAGAGCAAGUGCUGAACGAGACCGCUGACGAGACGGCGAACUGCCUGAAGCUGCUCAAGAAGCACCUGUCCGACUACGACAGUCGCAAUGGCAAUCAAUCCAGGAAUACGGCGGCGUCCUUCAUGCGGACCGAUAUGCGCAAUGCCAAGGAUACGGCCUCGGACCUGAAACACGUGGCCCACGAGAUCAACAGGAACCAGAAGCCGUCCAAGACGGAAAUCGCUUCUGCUCGUAACAUGAUGGACUCGACAGCCAGAGCCAUCGAAACCUUGAAGACUACGGCUCGCAACUACGAUAGAGAGAACAAGCAGCGCAUGGGAGUCAAGGGACGAGUUGAUGCCGCCGUUGGUGGGCGCAAUAACAAGGGAAUGGGAGACAACCGCGGACUGCAUGGUACAGACCGUGGCUUUGUCGGAAAGAUCGAGAAUGAGCAUGGUGAAGACCGUGGCUUCGUCGGAAAGAACGAGAGAGGUGAAGACCGUGGCUUGUUCGGAAAGAACAAUUACGAGCGAGGUGAGGACGGCGGCGUCUUAGGAAACACCAGUGCAUCUUGCGGAGGUGUCUUGGACAAGAACCGGGAAGAAGGAAAUGCACACGGAGGCAUGUUGGGGGGUGUCAGGAAUGAGGGCCACCACAGCGGUGCUCUCGGCGGCAAUAAAGACGAUAACGGAGGCGUCAUGGGGAGCUCCGAGACCGUGGAGACGCUCGUGCGUAAGAUUCUUCGCGACCACUUCAGCCUCAGCGCGCUAGACCACCAGAUCAAGGCUGCAGAAAAGUCUCUCUCGCCGUCUCUCAUGGAGCGUGCGAAGGAGAAAAUGCAUGACGUGAAGGAAAAGAUCAAGGGCGACAAGUCCGAACCCGUUCAUGAAGGACACGGUUACCCCCACGAAGGCCACCACCACCAGCAAACGGCGAUGCCGUAAAAGAGAGAAGGUGUGCAAGUGGAAACGAUAUCUAGUCUAGCACUUUAGUAGCCAGUUCAAUAUGAACCCUUUGUGAUCCA